AUGUUGACGCAGAUCUCAUGGAGCGGGCCUGAUGACCGCGAGAAUCCACUCAACUGGUCGCGGCAGAGGAAAUGGGCGUUGACUUUCCUCGUCUCCUGCUUCACUUUCAUCUCCCCAUUUUCGUCUACCAUGGUCACACCAGUACUUGAUGACAUCGGUUUGGAGUUUGAAAUCACCGGAAAGUUUACCAAGGCACUCGUCAUGUCCAUUUUCCUACUCGGAUAUGCCCAGGGGCCUUUCGUGCUAGCGCCCCUGUCGGAGAUAUACGGCCGUGUCUCCGUGCUGCAAUACACAAACCUCAUAUAUCUCGUUUUCAACACUGCAUGUGGAUUUGCGAGCAGCACGAACCAACUACUAGCGUUUCGCUUUUUGAGUGGGAUUGGCGGAAGCGCGCCACAAGCCCUAUGCAAUGGCAUGCUAGCCGACGUAUGGAGGAAAGAAGAAAGGGGACUCGGCCAGACCAUCUAUGGCAUGCUGACUUUUAUUGGGCCAACCGUGGCACCCAUUGUGGGGGCUUACAUCUCAGAGAACACGACUUGGCGUUGGAUUUUCUGGUCGACAUCCAUGUUUGACGUUUUCGUACAGUUGGCAGCCCUAUUUUUCCUCAAGGAAACAUACGCACCGGCUAUACUUGGCAACAAGGCUGCGAAAUUGCGCAAGGAGACUGGCAACCCGUAUAUACGGACUGAAUAUGAUAACACUGGUAAGACGUUCGGGGCCAUCAUAAGGAAACGUCUCGUGUUACCAUUCUUCAUGCUGGUUGCCCAUCCCGCAGUGCAGCUACCAUCUAUCUACAGGGCGUUCAUGUACGGCAUGAUGUAUCUUGUUCUGUCAACAUUCGACCAAGUUUGGAUCACCACCUAUCGCAUGCCCAAGGGCGUAGCCAGUUUGAACUAUCUAUCCCUCUGCCUCGGCUUCAUUAUCGGUCUGCAGAUCAGCCACCCACUCAUAGACAACCUUUAUGCCUACUUCAAGAGAGUCUAUCGAACCGACGAAGGUGUCCCUGAAUGGCGUAUCCCACCCAUGCUAAUCGGCGGCAUCCUCACCCCCAUCGGCCUCCUCAUCUAUGGCUGGACCGCCCAAUACCGUGUCUACUUCCUCAUUCCUGACCUCGGCUGCGUUAUUCUAGCCGCGGGCCUGAUCGUGGCAUUUCAGAGCGCCCAGGCUUAUGUGGUUGACGCGUACAGUGCUGAGCAUGCCGCCAGUGCCGCCGCCGUGGGUGCCUUUUUGAGGACGAUGUGUGGGGCCACGUUUCCAUUGUUCGCGCCGGCUAUGUAUGGUGCGUUGGGUUUGGGGUGGGCAAAUACGAUGUUGGCGGGGAUAACUUUGGUGAUUGCAAUUCCGAGCCCCGUUGUCUUUUGGUUUUAUGGGGCGAAGAUAAGGGCGUGGAGUACGGCGGGUUUGGAUUAG